AUGAGCAAGAAAUACGAAAAGAUUGGAGAGACUGUAUUCUCUAAAGUUGACAAGAUUAAUGCAGAGCUGUUUACAUUGACAUAUGGGGCAUUGGUUACUCAACUAAUCAAGGAUUAUGAAGAUAUUGAACAAGUUAAUAUUAAAUUAGAACAAAUGGGAUAUAAUAUUGGAGUUAGAUUGAUUGAAGAGUUUCUUGCAAAGAGUGGAAUUGGAAGAUGUAAUGAUUUUGUAGAGACUGCAGAAGUAAUCUCUAAAAUUGGAUUUAAAAUGUUUCUUGGUGUCACUGCACAAAUAAGCGAAUGGGAUCAAGACAAGAAAGAGUUCCAUCUCAUCAUUGAAGAUAACCCUCUUAUCGAUUUUGUAGAAUUACCAGAACAUCUCAAACACAAGUUAUACUAUUCAAACAUUCUCUGUGGUGUCAUUAGAGGUGCUUUGGAAAUGGUUCAAAUGAAGGUUAAAUGCACCUUUGUAAAAUGUGCUCUCUCUGACGAAUCAUCAUCAGAGAUUAAAGUGGUUUUAGAAGAAGUUCUUUCUGAUUUGGCUCCAGUUGGUUAUGAUUAA